AUGUUAAUUUAUUACUGACUAGUAUCCUUAUUCUUGGCAGUCACGAUCCUGUCGACAACUGGCGAGCCCUAGAGUUAUGCAGAUGCCUCCGUCUUCCGAGUCCAGGAAAUGAAGCAUUUAAGUUUCUCAAGCACGAUCGAACCAUUCUCUUCGUAUGUGAUUUCCUGUUUUCUCUUGGCCAAUGGCCGGAACAAUUGCGAAUCCUGGACUUUGGAUCAUGAUGCAUCGUGGCAGAAACUUGAUGGUGCCUAUUGCUUGAAUUCAAGUUCCUUCAAGAUAUUUCCUCUUGGAGAACAUUAAUGCGACUCCUGGGCCUGCAGCUACUCGAAAUAUAAUGGAUGCGGUGAUACAGAGCCUUCUGAUCAAAACAAUGACACCAAACAUUGCUUGUAUCUCAUAUAUUUACUCAAGCUUAGCACAAGCUCCCGUCUCCAACUACACCUUUAAACAUACCUAUUCACACGGAAAUAAUAUGGGCUUCUUCUCUGACUUGUCCCAUUGUUUCUUCGAUGUUGGGAUCAUGGCUUGGGAUGUGCUCCUCACGGUCUCCAACCUCGUGAGGAGGAAGUACCUCAUAGGCGAUGUCACCCCUGAGGGCCACCCAGGCUAUGGACGGCACUGGCCAGAAUUCAUACCUCCCCAGUUAACCGACUCCCGCUGCUCUGCCCCGCAUUCAAUGCGAUGGCCAACCAUGGUGAGCAUCAUCUCGCGCAGUGGCCGUAGGGUCUCGUUUGUCGAGCUCAACAACCAUGUCCAGGCAACCUACAACUUCAGUCCUACCUUCUCUUUUUUCGUGCUGCACUUUCUCGCUCGCAUGCUUAACAGAAACUUCAGCGAGGAUACCUUUGAUCUAGAAGAAAUCGACCUGCACAAUGGUAUUGAACAUGACGCCUCUCUUUUACGCCUCGACACUGCUUUUCAACCAGACCAAUCGAUAACACACGUACCCUUCAUUGAGGAGUUACUCGCGGCAGCGACCGGCAAGGACAGGGACGGCAAUGAUAUCAUCACCACUAAAGAUUGCUUUAGGAUUCUCGGCAAGCGUCGUGCAGUGGCGCGUGCAGUAAACAAGGAGUUCUCGCUCAGCUUCUUCCACAAGAUCUUUGGUAGCACAAAUGCCUCGACCCUAAUCACAAUCUUUGGAGGUCGUGUAGACGACCUACACAGCUUUCUUCUUCAUGAGCGGAUCCCAGAGAGCUGGGAAUCACGCAUCCGUCAACCUCAUGAAAUGACUAUUAUCAACCUCGACAAGACUGUUUUGAGAGUUGAGGUCGGUCGGCACGAGAGGCUGCAGAAAGCCAUUGUAGUGUUACUCUUGGAUGAAAUACUCAUGACGUGGGACACUGCAUCUGGUUUUAUUAUAACCGUGGCACUUGGUACAUACUGUAUCAUUCGUUAAUCGUUAU